UUUGGGAUAAAUUCUGCUGUUCUAUUUUGUGCCUCAGGCUGUGCAACCCCAGAUGAGCUGAGCACAGAAAGAGCCCAUUCUGCAGUGGAGAAGAUGUUUGAGACCCUCCGCGGUUUAAGCCACAUGAGAGACCACCUCAAGCAGCUGCGGUCUGUUUACACUGCAAGUGAUGGAGUCCACCAGGCCACAUACCGUCCGUUCCUGCGACAGAUCCUGGAGGAAGUUUUCCAACCAGACCGACCCGAAUGCCCCGACAUCGAACACAUGUCAGGAGGCCUCACAGACCUGCUGAAGACCGGAUUCAGCAUGUUUAUGAAGGUGAGCCGUCCACGUCCAGGCGACAACCCUCUGCUCUUCCUCUUCCUGGUCGGUGGAGUGACGCCAUCAGAGCUUCGCCUCAUCAAAGAUACAGUCAGCUCACUCAAACCAGGAACACAGGUGCUGGUUCUCUCCACCCGCUUACUAAGACCGACGGAUAUUCCUGAGCUGUUGUUCAGCACCCAGAGACUGCACCCAGAUAUCAGUUUCUGAGGGUUGCCAUGAGGAACAAACGCAGCCUUGUGCGUUCAGAGCAGCGCACGUUUGGACAAUCAGGUUUGGAGCGCAAAUCGUCGUCAUUUUACAGAAAUGCUACGAGAUUUAAAAAAGAAAAAGAAAGCAUUCCUGCCCUGUAUGUCAGCGAACAAAAUCCUUGCUUUAUACAACAGAUGUUUUAUGACCUAAAUGUAUGAAUUUAUCAAAUCUGUAACAAUAAAGUAAUUUACC